AUGUCUCAGCAUACCGCAGACAGUGAAAAGAAGCCCUUUGAGGGCGCCGGGCAGGCGACCCACAAGCAAGAGAUCGAUGAGUACCCUAGUACUCAAAAGAGGGUUGUAAUCAUGAUGGCACUUUACUUGGCGGUUUUCUUAGUUACUUUGGACCAAAACAUCAUAUCGACAGCUAUUCCCAGUAUUACUAACGAAUUCCACUCUUUAGACGACAUUGGGUGGUAUGGUUCGGCCUAUUUACUGACGAUGUGCGGUCUCUCACUUGUCAUGGGCAAGGUUUACAAAUUCUACCCUGCCAAACCUCUCUUCCUAGCUGGUUGUUUCCUAUUCGAAAUUGGCUCCGCCAUCUGUGGUUCGGCUCCCAACUCUAUUGCCUUCAUUUUCGGCCGUGCUAUUGCAGGAAUGGGAUCGUCGGGGCUAUUUUCGGGAGUGAUGGUUAUCAUGUUCCACACCGUCCCAUUGCAGCAGCGGCCAAUCUACCAAGGCGCUUUCGGGGCCAUCUUCGGGAUUGCAUCAGUUGUUGGCCCCCUUAUUGGAGGUAGCUUUACCGAUAGGGUAACAUGGAGAUGGUGUUUCUAUAUCAAUCUCCCUGUUGGGGCAGUAUCGAUGAUCGUCACCUCGUUGAUCCUACACUUACCCAGCCAGAAGCUCGACGCGAAGGCAACAGGUUGGGUUGAGAAGAUCAAGCAACUAGACCCUAUCGGCAACCUUAUAUUCCUCCCAGGGAUCGUUUGCUUGAUUUUGGCUCUUCAAUGGGGAGGGACCGUGUAUCCUUGGAACGACGCUCGCAUCAUUGUCCUCCUGAUCCUUUGCGGUGUCCUAUGUAUCAUCUUUAUCGGUGUCCAGGCUUGGAAGAAGGAAGGUGCAUCAAUCCCGCCUCGUAUCAUAAAACAACGCAGCAUCAUCGCCGCCGUCUGGUACGGUUUUUUCAAUGGCUCCGGUAUGAUGGUCUUGACGUACUACCUCCCCAUCUGGUUCCAAGCUGUAAAAGGUACCAAUGCCAUUGGUUCUGGAAUUAUGAUGAUUCCUUUGGUCCUCUCAACUGUUAUUAGUUCCAUCUUAUCCGGUAUUAUGGUCUCUAAGAUUGGGUACUACGCCCCUUUCUUUCUGGUCAGCUCCGUUAUAAUGCCAAUAGGAGCUGGUCUUUUGACAACAUUCACUCCAUCCAUCAGCGAGGGCAAGUGGAUUGGCUACCAGAUACUCUUUGGAGUUGGCCUUGGAGUUGGCAUGCAGCAGCCAAUGAAUGUUGUGCAAACUGUUCUAGAGAGGCCAGAUAUCGCAACCGGGACUGCAAUUGUGACGUUUUCGCGCUUCCUUGGUUCAGCUAUAUUCCUCCCAGUCGCUGAAAAUGUCUUUCUUAACAGUCUCAUCUCGAAGCUCUCUAAUGUUCCUAGUAUCAACUCUAGUUCUGUCACUGGAGGUGGUGCUACUGAGCUGAGGAAUAUGGUAUCUGAGGGCGAGUUAGAGACGCUUCUCUCUGACUAUAACGCAGCUAUAAUCGACGUAUUUUACAUGGUGAUAGCGACAUGCGGUAUCACUCUCUUCGGCAGCGUUUUCGUGGAGUGGCGCAGUUUGAAAGCUCGCGCCCAAGAGCAGAGGGGCAAAACUAAGCCUGGGGAGCCAACCAAGGCUCAGGAAACUGUCUAA